CACUCGGGCUCCCGUAGAAAAACACCGUGACGUGGAUGAGGUCUUAAGAAGCAUCAGGAUAAUCCACGUAACGGUCCACCAUCAUCAUCCUCUUCAUCCGCUGAACCGUGAGCCAUGGCCGCACAGAAGAUCAACGAGGCGCACGAUCACAUCACCAAAGCGGAGAAAUGUCUAAAGACCAGCAUGACCAAGUGGAAACCAGACUAUGAUGGAGCAGCAUCAGAGAUGGCAAAAGCAGCGGUGGCUUUUAAAAAUGCCAAGCAGUUCGAGCAAGCAAAGGAUGCGUAUCUCAAAGAGGCGGAAUAUCACACAGAAAACAAAACACUCUUUCAUGCAGCCAAGGCGUAUGAACAAGCAGGCAUGAUGUUAAAGGACAUGAAGAGAAUGCCGGAAGCCAUUCAGCUGAUAGAGAAGGCCAGUGUGAUGUAUGUAGAGAACGGGACGUCUGGAACUGCAGGGAUAGCAUUAGACAGGGCAGGAAAACUCAUCGAGUCGGUGGAUCUGGAGAAAGCUGUGGAUUUGUACAAGAAAGCUGCUUCGGUGUUUGAGAAUGAAGACCGUCUCCGGGAGGCUGCAGAGCUUCUGGGUAAAGCCUCCAGGCUUCUGGUUCGACUGCGCAGGUUGGAUGAAGCUGCCAUGUCCAUUCAGAAGGAGAAGAACAUGUACAAGGAGAUUGAGAACUAUCCCACCUGCUUUAAGAAAACCAUCGCUCAAGUUCUGGUGCAUCUACACAGAGGAGAUUUCGUAGCAGCAGAUAAGUGUGUCAGAGAAAGUUACAGUCUCCCAGGGUUCAGUGGGAGCGAGGACUGCGUUGCUAUGGAGACAUUACUGGCAGCCUUUGAUGAGCAGGAUGAGGAUGGGGUGAACCGUGUGUGUAACUUGCCUUUACUCAAGUACAUGGACAAUGAUUACGCCAAGUUGGCCAUCUCUCUAAAGGUCCCGGGAGGAGGUGGAGGAAAGAAGAAGAAAACUCCUGCAGCUCCUCAAGGAGGGAGCACAGCGCCACCACCAGCCGAGGAGGAGGAGGAUUAUGAGGGAGGUUUGUGUUAAUGGAACAACGUGCGUGUGUUUGUGUGUGUGUAAAUGGACAUAUAAGUGUUUUCUCUUUUUAUCCAAUGUGGAAUCAAAUCCUGGUUAUGAUGAAUUCUGUUCCGGUGUGUUCUGUGUGUUUACAAAUGAAAUGAAGUUGUGGACUUCCAUGACAAGGUGCAUUUGGUCAUUUUUUCCCUCAUUGUUUUAAGAAAAUCAGUAGUACUUUUAAAGUCUGUUAAAAAUUAUGUAUAAACAAUUAUAUAUGAUAUUAUAUUUGCAUGGAGCGGGUCAACCCACAAAAAUACUGAGUGCACUUUUAACAGUGUUAUUUCUGAAACCACAAGCUGCACCAAACUGCAAAAUAGAAGGGAUGUAACAAUAUUAACGAUAUCGUGUUAUCGCAAUAGCAAAAUUGUCCCAAUAUUAUCGUGGUCACCUGACUGUGUGAAACGAUAGGUCUUCACGGCCUAACAUAGAGAAUGUUAGAAAAAAUUAUAGAUCUGGUGCAAUUAUUUUAUUAUAUAACAGGGAUUUUUAGGUCAUGAUUUGGCCAUCUCAUACUAUAACUCAUACCUCUAAGCAACAGUUAUGAUUAGAGGAUAAAGAAAAGAGGAUGAUUUGUCAUUUUAAAUGUCGCAAUAAAUAUUGCACCAUGGACUUUAUACCGAGGUAUUAUCGUACAGUGAGAUUUUGAUAUUGUUGCAUCCCUACAAAAUUGUCAAAUAAAAACAAAUCGUGCCGCUCCAAAUCAACCAAAUGUUAUGUCCAUCAAGACUGCAGUACCGUUUCUCUUUAGUCUUAAACAAUAAAUGAAAAGCACUAGAGCUGUUUAAUGUAUAUACAGUAUGUUGAAUUUGUUAUGAGAGAUAAUGAGAUGUUUUACUGUUUUACUCUGAUAUGAAAGGUGUAGUUGUGUGUACAUACUGGCUUUAUGGUUUAUUUUUAUUUGUGCACAGUCUGUGAUGUCGAGUGAUGUCCGAUCAUUUAUACAAUUUGUAAAAGAAUAUUUAAUUGUCCAUCAUUGUACAUUAAUUUAUUCUGUGUGUCGAAAUGUAAUGUAGUUGUUCUGGGUGACGUACAAUGCUCAGUUUCCAAACACACCAUCAGACGGAAGAAAAGAAUCUUGAAUAAAUCACGAUACACUGUUUUGUCAUCGUCUGCUAUUAAAACUAUUUCCUGUUUGUUGAAUCUAGUGUCAUACGCCUUGUGUUUAAUCCAACACAGAUGAAUUAAAAAUGAACACAUUUCUCGACUUCAAAGAGGGAAACACCAUUUUCAACCUAUUAUGUCAAGUAAUUCAGGGCAGGAUUUGAAAGAUCAAAUAAACAUAUGAACAGAU